GAAAACACUUCCGCCCCGCACCGACAUGGCGACAGCUGGUCAGUGCGCAUGAGCGGCUGCCCAUGGAGAGACCUGGGGCCGUAGGGGGAGAACGCGGUCGAGGGAAGUCGGCGGCUACCGGGGCGCUCUGGGCUGGAUUUACAACAAGGCAUUGUGAGGCAGAAGGUACAAAGACUUUAAGAAAAAGAACAACCCUUCGGAUGUGCCCUCUGGCAGAGAGAUGAAGGGGCAGCAAAAAGCAGCUGAAACAGAGGAGGGUACUGUGCAGAUCCAGGAAGGUGCAGUGGCAACUGGUGAAGAUCCAACCAGUGUGGCCAUCGCCAGCAUUCAGUCAGCUGCCACCUUCCCUGACCCCAACGUCAAGUACGUCUUCCGCACUGAGAAUGGGGGCCAGGUGAUGUACAGAGUGAUCCAGGUGGCUGAGGGGCAGCUGGAUGGCCAGACUGAAGGCACUGGUGCCAUCAGCGGCUACCCUGCCGCCCAGUCUAUGACCCAGGCAGUCAUCCAGGGGGCAUUCACCAGUGAAGAUGCAGUGGAGACAGAGGGAGCAGCCACAGAAACACACUACACCUACUUUCCCAGUACAGCAGUUGGGGAAGGGGCUGGUGGGGCUGGUGCUGGGAGCACAGCUACUGUUGUUACCACACAAGGCUCUGAGGCACUAUUGGGACAAGCUACUCCUCCUGGAACUGGUCAGUUCUUUGUGAUGAUGUCACCCCAAGAAGUGCUUCAGGGGGGAACCCAGCGCUCCAUUGCUCCUAGGACACACCCCUACUCCCCGAAAUCAGAAGCUCCUCGGACAACUCGAGACGAGAAGCGAAGAGCUCAGCACAAUGAAGUGGAGCGUCGCCGCAGAGACAAAAUCAAUAACUGGAUUGUGCAGCUGUCAAAGAUCAUCCCAGACUGUUCCAUGGAGAACACCAAGUCUGGCCAGAGUAAAGGUGGCAUCCUGUCCAAAGCCUGUGAUUAUAUCCAGGAGCUUCGACAGAGCAACCAUCGUUUGUCAGAGGAAUUGCAGGGGCUGGAUCAGCUGCAGCUGGACAACAAAGUCCUUCGACAACAGGUGGAGGAUCUGAAGAAUAAAAAUCUCUUGCUACGAGCUCAGUUGCGACACCAUGGAGUGGAAGUUGUCAUCAAGAAUGAUGCCAAUUAAACCCUGAGGAAUUUUACAUCAGGCUUGGGCACCAGAGCCCCUUCCCUAGGACUGCAGGCAGCCGGGAGCACCGGACUUGACCUGUACCUUCUCCUCCCACUGCCCUCAUGAGGAGUGGGGCUGUGAGAGUUGCUGAAGCACCUGAAGGAACUGUGGCCCCGUGACGCCCUUGGCCUUCAGCUUUGAGUGUGGCACAAAAGGACAGGCACAUACCUGAAAACAGCCUUCCUUUUCUCCCUUCUCCCUGGGCCCUUGUGCUUGUCUUGCACAUGCAUGUGCUAUUUCUACUCUGGAUAUCACACACUCAUGGCCUAUUAUGUGACUACUCUGAGCAUGUAGCUAGAGAGAUGGACAGGUGGAAACUCUCUGUUGCAUUUGAGAACUGGAGCCUCCAUUCUCUAACCAAUAGGGGAGGCACAAUUGGAAGCUCUAAGGUUCCUGAGAUUAAGUCCCCUAAGGGGAUAGACUUUAGCAAGGGUGGGGGAGCUGAGGUACUGAAUGUUAGAGCUGGAAAAGGAAUUAGGGCCCAGAAAUCUCUGGGAUGGGAGCAAGAACGGGCAGAGGUGCUGUUCUUUGCUCUCCCUCUUGGGGCUUCACAUCCCCUCCCCUUUUUUUUCCCUUGGUUUUUUUUUUUUUUUUUAAGAGAAAGAUAAAAUUGUUCAGAGCCACA